CGGUUGUGUAGCAAAAACCUCCACGCCCAAUCCCCGAACCCUUUUCGUCUCAUCGCCAACAUCUCUCACCUUGCGCGGCUGCCGCAGGACCGGCUUUCCGUGCGUGCAACUGCACCCACGCUGCCGUCCCAACAUCUACACAUAUCCCCCGCCGACGAGGGUCCGCCGUGCGGUCCAGACGCCGUCGACCUAUCCCAUAGGAAACUAAAUCCGAAAAAAAAUACUCGCGGGAUCUAAUCAUGAGAAGGCGCCGGCCGAGCCCUGUCCUCGUCAACGCACAAUGAACGGCGAUGCGGACUUGGUGCAAUGCCUGGUGGACAGGCUCACUACGAGACUCCCCCACCGCACCGGCACGCCGACCCAGGACCUCUCCCAAGACGACAUUGUCUCCAUUACGCGCGCCACUCUCGUGAAGAUCAGCGCCUGCUCGUUCAGUAUCGUCCUCGACGCGCUUCUAUCGCUGCUCGAGGAUCUUGCCCGGCCGCACAAAACCGUCUUGUCCCACCCGCCACAUGUCCUCCUCUCAGAGCUCUACGUCCUCGAGCUCAUUGCCGACUGCUGCGCCAGCAGUUGGUACCGCCUGAAAGGCUCCGACGACAGGUUGAGUUCUCUUCCCGUGCCCGAAGCGCCUCUGUCCCCCGCGCAGCGAGCCGCCUUCUACCCGCCCGAGGGCCUCAGCGAUGUGCAGCUCACUCGCAUCUUCGAGGUGGUCAAGGUGCUGUUCGAGCCCAUCCCGGAUGGCUACACGCUCCCAGCCAGAGCAAUACUCGACGACUCGUCCACCGAGCGCAUACUAACCCCUCCCCCCGAGGAGCCCUCGCGCACACCUCUCUCCAGCUCGUCCAGCGAGCCGCCGGAGACGAGGAGUCUCCUCCAAACACAUGCCAGCGCAAUCGAGGCGCAUGUUAAGCUGAUAACCGAAUAUGUGACGGCGUCGAGCUGGUCCAGCGCUUUCGAGUACUUCCGCAAUGUCACGUACGCGGCCCGUAGCGACUUGCCGGCGAAGGGCAACCCCAUCAGCACCGCGGCUGCAGCCGAGGAAGAACGCGCGGCGCUCGUCAUGAUGCGCACCGUCUCCUAUUUGUGGGCCGACAGUCAGAAGCUGAGUCUCGUCAUCCAGGAGUUCUGCUCCAGCUUCCUGCACUUCCGCAAGUCCAUCCAGAACACCAUCGCCGUCGUUGUGCCGCAGUUGAUCACCCGCUGGCUUGACCGCCAUCCGGCCGAGUUCGUCCGCCUGCACUCGGACCACAGCCCCAGGCGCCGCGAGAAUGCGCCCGAUACUCUGUUUGAUAUGGCGCUCACGAUUGGAAAUAACGGCCAGCGCAAGGCCCUGCUGUUUCCGAUGCAGAUGGCGCUCCUGUUCCUGCAACCGGACGUGUUCGAGGUGGCCAGCAACCUGCGCGAGUCGAAAGGCUCGGGCAUGGUCAAGAAGGUGCAGUUUCUGGACGGUCUGCGGAAGGCGCUUAGAAACCGCAACGAGCAGGCUGCGUAUUGCCUCGUGCUGCUGCUCCGGGUGGCCAGGCAUUUUGAAGGAGAGAGCGACUCGGCGCUGAUGAGCUAUGCCAUGGAUGUCCAGGAUGAGGUGCGGGAUGCCGUCUUCAGGCGGUUCCCGCCGGGCGCAGACGGCGUGCUGUACGAGCAAGACAUCAUGACGGCCGCCUUUGUCUCGGCGUCGCACCUCAACUUUGAACACGCUGUCGAGUCGCUUGCCGUGUCUUGCCUCUCGUCCUCUGCUCCGCACAGCUUCAAGAUUGCCGUCAUCCAGGCAUGUGCCCACUUUGCGCGGCUGGCAAACAGCCAGAAGUAUCAGCCCCUCUUCACUGCCACAAGCGCCUUCAUCCAGGCGCAGUUACAAACGUUCUCCGAGCUCCUGGCCGAGGGAUACGUCGACGAGCACGCCGUGCAGAAGAAAGUGGUGGAGAGCGGCCCCUCCAUCAGCAUGGUGUGCAACAUCCUCAACUUCCUUGACGCCUCGCCCAUGACCCUCUUCGAGGGCCCGCCCAUGGACAGGACUGAGCGAGACAACUUCUACGAGGAGAAUCUGCAGGCACUCAUCUCGUGCAUCAUUGCCGCCGACGAGUCCGUCAGGCGGCUGGCGACCGGCGUGGUCAAGCGCCUCUUCGCGAAGGAACAGGUCCUCUCGACGCUGAGGGCAUCCAAGGGCCUGGGGUCCAAGGCAUUCAAGACUAAGUUCUGGCGGCUGACGUCGCUCAUUUUGAUAUCGAUAUGCGACAGGGCGAGACUGCCCUGUACCGCUGAGGGUCUCAGGUCUAUCAACGGAUAUCUCGAGUCCAGGUUGCUCCUCCUGACGUCGAUACCAGAACUCGGCCAGAUCACGGAGGACAUUCCCGAGCGGACUGCAGCAUCCAGCAAGCUGGAGACGCUCCUUCUGGUGUCGCUCUGCUCGGCCGACAUGGAGGCCUGCCAGAUGGUGACGUCCUGCAUUGGGACCUUCCUCGACGAAUGCCGCCUCAUCGACACUGCUCCCGUGACGGCGAAGUCGUCCCUCACUCUGCUCCGCAACGGCGACAUCUACGGCGAAAUCUCGUCGCGGGACUUCAGGUUCACCGGGAUCGUUGCGUUCCAGAAGAGAAACCGAGGUCUCUUGAGGCGGAUGGCGUAUCCCAGCACCGGCAUUCUCGAUGCGUGGGAGCUUGUCUUUGACCGGUGGCUGCACCUUUCCAAGGAUAUCUCGCAGGCGAACGGCGACGCCAUCACGGAGAGGAUGGUGGCCGAGUGGCGGAACUAUUCCGGAUUCCUGGCCUCGCUGGGCGGCAUCUGCACGGCGGAACAGGCUGUCAACCUCGAGGAGCCCGCUCUCAGCGGGCUGAGAUGGAUCGAUCGCCUGUCGUCGGGUAGCCACGAGGAAGCACUCCUGACCCGCUAUCUCCGGCUGAGCAUCCAGCUGCUUGCCUGCGCGAACGUCCGGAUCCGGGAGACGAUGAGAGAGGUCCUCUCCAGCGAGGUGCCCCCGUCGCUCUUUCAGCCCUUGUUCAAGGCACUGGAGGCAGAGCUCGACGUGCUCUUCACCGGCGCCCUCGAGCCGAGCAUCAAAGGCCAAGACAGCGAGAUCGUCUUCGCCGAGCAGUCGGCCUCCCUCCUCAAGGCUCUCGUCGAGCGGCUAGACACGCCUUCCGACCACGGCGCAGCAUCCAGUCUCCAUCUGGGCGCGCUGUGUCUCAAUUUCGCCAGGUUCCUCAGCGGCAUCUCCGACACGCCGAGCAGUCUCCGGGUCAAGAUCAAGAUCUGCCAGCUGACCGAGGCAGUCAGCAAGCGCAAGGAGCAGCUCAACCUGCGGGACGACGUGCGCAUCCGCAACCAGGUGCUCGAGCACGUCUUCGGCUGGAUUGCCCGGCCGCGUUCCCCGCGCGGCGACAAUGGGUCCCAUACGAGCGGCGGACGGGACGAGAUGUCGCGCGUCCAGCGCGACCUGGACAAGGCCUGCCUGCGCGCCCUCGCCACCAUCACGUUCCGACUGCCGCUGCAGCCCAGCGACGGGCAGACAGAUGCCGGGACGAGCGAGCUCAAGUCGCAGAUGUUCCACCAGUACUUCAACCGCUUCCUGUCGCUGCUGAACAUGGAGUCCGGCGGGCCAGACCUGGGCCGGAUAGGCGACCAGCAGCACGGCUACUACGGCCAGCAGCAUUUCGGCGCGAGCGCCAGCGCGGUCGUCUCGGAGGCCUCGACGUCGGACCUGGCCAUCACGAUCCUGUCCAAUCUCCUCAGCGCCAACAUCGACGUGGGGCUCAAGCACUCGCUGAGCAUCGGGUACCACGAGAACCCGGACAUCAGGACCGCCUUCGUCAGGGUGUUGUAUAACAUCCUGGUGCAGGGGACAGAGUUCAAUAACCUCAGCGAUGCGGCAGUCAGCGAGAAGUACGAUGAGUUGCUGGAGCUGCUGAUCAGCGAUCCGGGCUUGGCGACGGCCAUGAGCGCUGUGUGUCCCAGCCACGAGGUCGACGAGUUGUCCAUCUCGCUGCUGAACAUCUUCGAGGCCCGGGGGCUGAGCUUCGCGCUGUUUGAGGCUUUGAUCAAGCAGGAGGUUGAGGAGACGGAAAACGAGGCGGAACUGCUCCGACGGUCGUGCGUCCCCACCAAGAUGUUGUCCAUCUACGCCAAAUGGAAAGGAGGCGGCUACCUCAGGGACACGCUCCAGAACGUGGUGGAGCGGCUCAUGGCGACCUCCAAGGACCUGAGUCUGGAACUGGAUCCCGCGAGGGUCAGCUCGGUUGAAGAGUUGCAGACCAACGCCGAGCAUCUGCAGAUCGUUGCGAAAGUCUUUAUCGACCAGAUCUGCUACUCGGCACCGCAGGUCCCAGUCUCGUUCCGCAGGAUUUGCAGUAUCAUCUCGGACGCGGUCGUGGAGAAGUUCCCGGAGUCCAAGUACACGGCCGUCGGGGCGUUCAUCUUCCUUCGCUUCUUCUGUCCUGCGAUUGUCGCUCCGGAAGUCGAGGGCUUGGUAUCCAAGCCGCCGUCCAAGGAGAUGCGUCGUGGACUGCUGCUCAUCGCCAAGGUCGUUCAGAAUCUGGCGAAUAACGUGCUAUUCGGCGUCAAGGAGCCGUACAUGCUACCCCUUAUGAAGUUCUUGACAGAUAAUAUCUACAAGAUCACGACAUACCUGCGUGAGAUUUCGAUCCCGCCGCCACCAGCGCUGGACGAUGCGGCUGUCGUCAACCCCGAGUCAUUUGACUUCGGGUCUUGCGUGGCGCUCCACAGAUUCCUGUACGAGCAUUGGGAUCACGUCCGCCAGCGGCUGGCGUCCAGGGAGAGGAGAGACUUCGUGCGGUCGCCAGCCGAUUCUGCCCGGAGCCGGUCGCCCGUGCUGGAGCCCCUGAGACACCUCAUCAUGAAUCUCGGCCCGCCGCCGCUGGCAGUGACGUGGAAUCGGCCGCAGAUCUCGGCAAAUAGCCCACCGGCCUACUCGCGCUUCCAGGAGUUCAUGCUCCGCAACGCCUUCCGCAGCACCGAGUCGUUCCUCACGUCCCGCGCCGUGUACGACGGCGGCGAGAGCAAGGACGGGCUGUCCAUCAUCUGCAUCAUCCUGCGCAACAUUGACGGCGAAUCGAUUGACUACGACACCCUGCUGUACUGCUACUUCAGGAUCGCCAGCCGGCUGUGGCACCGCCCCUUCGGCCUCCUCAUCGACGCCACCUGCUACAAUGGACAGAACGAGCCCAAGGACGAGCUGUUCCAGAAGCUGGAGCUGCUGACGCCCAAGGAGCUGUCCCAGCAGCUCUCGCGGAUCUACGUCUACAACAUGAACAGCACGUGCAAGAAGUGCUUCCGGCGCGUGCUUCGACUGGCGUCCAAGAGCGAAGCCAGCGUCUUCAGCCCGGCGAAUGUCGAGUACCAUCUCAUCGGGAGCCUGCAGGACCUGCAGACGCACUUCCAUCUCAGCCAGCUGCAUCUCCCCAAGGAGACCAUCAGCGUGGUGACGGACACGCGCUAUGUCUUCCAGCCGAUCACGCGGCUGUCCAAGUCCAAGGGCAAGAUCGACGUCGUGAUCAAGGUCGGCAGCCAGUUCGUACAGAUCACCACCACCAAGAAGCAGGAGGUGCCCGGCUUCCGGCUCAGCACCACCGUCAACGACAUCUUCCGCCUCGGCGACGUGGAUGAGGCGCCCACGUCAAUCCAGACCGAAGACGACUCCGCGUUCGGCAUCCGGGCCGACAACGGCAAGAUCGUCAUGUACUUCACCAGUCCGAAGAAGACGGACGUCCUCCAGGCCAUCCGCGCGGCGAAGGCGAAGUAUGCCAAGGACACCAGGGCGGCCAAGUCGUUUGAGCGGCUGAUCCGGCCGCAGGACGUGCCGGGGACGCUGCUGAACCUGGCCCUGACCAACCUGGCCACGCCGGAUCCGGUCCUGAGGCUGUCGUCGUACAACCUGCUGGGCGCGUUGUGCAAGGCCUUCAAGUUCACGGCGGCGUCCCAGCUCAUGAGUGCGAGGGACCUCUCGGUGCCGCUGGACCCGUCGCAGUUCAUCAUCAAGAUCAGCCGGAGCCUUGCCGAGACGGAGCCGCAGCUGACGGCGGAUUUCCUGAACGAGUUCUUCGUCGGGUGGGACAGCUUCCUGGACGAGCAGAAGCCGCUGAGCCUGGCGUACAUGGCGCCCUGGAUCCCCGGGCUGCGCACGUCGCUGCUGGCAAGCGAGCCCGAGAGCGACAAGGCGAGGGAGAAGACCGCCGCCCUGUUCCGGAAGCUGAUCGAUGUCGCGCUCUCGGACCCGACGCUGACGUUUGCGCUCGAGCAGUCGGUCUGGCCCGUCAUCUACCAGGACGAGGUGCUGCUGGACAUACUCCUGGACGAGAUCAUCAAGGCGGCGCUGAGCCUGGGCUUCGACGACGACCAGACCGAGACGCUGACGUCGAUCGCCAGCGCCAUCGGCACCGUCACGCUGAGGGGGAAAGUCAUGUCGCGCCUGCGGAAGGCGCUCAACCGGUCCUCGCUGCGGCCGACCAAGUAUCUGCCGGACAACGCGGUGUGGAACGAGAUCUGCGUGCUGCUGCAAUUCUGCCUCGCGCUGUCCUUCGACAGCGGCGUGCAGGCGCAGCUGUACCUGCCCGAGAUCUUCCACAUCGUCACGAUGCUCGCCAACACGGGCAUGCCGGACGUCCGGGUCGUGGUCCACCGGCUGCUGAUCAACACGAUCCACUCGGCCUGCACCUCGUUUUCCCUGGACGAGAACCGGCUCAACAAGCUCCGGGCCACGCUGGAGACGCUGUCGGAUCCAAAGAGCGACAUCUUCGUGAACUCGGUGACCUUCAUGCGCGAUGGCGCGUCGAUAUCGACGAACCAGGAGGCCGGGCCGACACUGGCUGCGACGGAGAACCUCGCCGCGAUGCUCUUCGACACGUGCGCCGUCGCCGCGCCUUCCGUCGACGUCGCCAACGCCUGGCGGGCGCGGUGGAUGAGCCUCGUCGCGAGCACGGCCUUCCAGAACAACCCGGCCAUCCAGCCGCGCGCCUUCACCGUCAUGGGCUGCCUCGCGCGCGAGGAAGUCGACGACGACCUGCUGUACCAGGUCCUCGUGGCGCUCCGCAACAGCGUGGGCCGCUUCGGCGAGGACAGCAACAGCGACAUGCUGGUCGCCAUCGUGACCUCGCUGUCCAAGAUGAUGGCCAAGCUGCCCUCGGCGUCCCGCUACGGCGUGCAGCUCUUCUGGCUGGCCACGUCGCUGCUGCGGCUGGUCCCGCCGAACCUGUUCAACUGCACCGCGCUGUUCCUCGAGGCCGUCCUCACCAACAUCAGCACCACGGGCGACAUGCGCGGCGCCGACAACAUGGUGCCCUACCUGCUGCAGGGGCGCCAGCAGCUCGACGAGGCGGCCCUGCCGCUCGACGAGGCGUACGGCAUCCACUUCAACGCCGAGAACUUCCACUACGCCGCCUGCGCGUGUCUGGUCCGGGGGCUGACGGAUAGCGUCACGAGAUCCACGGCGCUGAGGGUCCUGUCUACAUUCUUGGAGAUGACGACCCUCGGUAGACAUGGCGGCGACCUGGAUGCUGGCGACGGAGCCGCCGCCGCCGCCGAGAGAGACAUUCACUACGUCAUGUCCUCCCCCUACAUGGCGCUCAUUCUGGCGCGCACGUCCUCGGCCGCCGAGCUGCGCGAGCACCUCUGGGCGGCGGGCAUCAACAUCAGCUCGGCGGCGCUGUCGGACCCCGGAGUCCUCAGGGCAGAGCAGGACCUGGCCCAGUUCAAGGACAAAGACCUGCUGCUGAACACCGCGAUUGAGCUCGUCGACUUUCAGUAUCUGGACGACGCGGUCCAGAACAGGAGUCUGCAGUGGCUCAACCGGGUCGCCUUGGCGCGGCCGGGGGUUGUUCUGCAUCUAUGCCCCCCAAUCGUCUCCAUCCUCGACGACGUCCUGCUGCACUGCCAGUCCUCGGCCACGCUCGAGGCCGCGCACACGCUGCUGCAGACGCUGACGUCCAACUCCAAGUUCUCGGGCGCGCACGAGAACUCGGCCGCGGCGCUGAACGACCUCCUCGAGGACAUGGGCUUUGCCGGGCUCUGGCGCAGCUGCUCGUUCAACCUGGCCAGCACCGAGCAGCAGGACCGGACGUGCUUUGCGCUGACCGAGAAGCUGAUUGAGCUUACAAUAUUGAGCGGUUAAUAGCCCCUUGGGCCUGGGAACUGCAUCACUGAACCAGAUAUUUGUUUUUUUCUUUGCGGUUUCAACUCUAGCCAUUCACGGUCCUCGUUCUCUUUUCGAGCAUCCGACUUUUCUUCUUUUCCAUGAGCUGUUUUCCUUUCUCCUUCCGGAGUAGAGAGAUACCGAUGGAGUUUAGUCGCAAGCGGUUGCAUCAUUUCGGGGAGCCAGCGCCUUGGGCGGUGAUAGGUACCGUACCGUGGCUAAGGUAGUUACCUCACUGUUUCUCUUGCCGGCCAUCCUUACUGCGUAGACCUGACUCAUCCGGGGUCACAGUGCGAACUAGGUGAGAACGCUUCGUACUGUACAGAAGCUAAACCCCCUGUCGCCCCACAUUAAGACCCUGAUGUGACCUACGUCAGAGCACUCAACUUCCGGCUUGCACCUAUCAUGUCUUUCGGCCAAGUCCAUCCCAAG